AUGCCAAAUUUCCGAGCACACUUUUCCUGCAAAAAUAUCAUCAAUUUAUUGGUGAGAAUCCCUCUGGCAACAUUUCUGAUCCAUCAAUUUUCUCACUGGCUUUUCAGCCGCGAGAGGACUCUUCAAUUGGUUCAGUUCUUCACCGCGAACCCAUAUUUCCAUUCUGCUGGACGGGCGGCUCGUGAUUUGAGCACAAUUCAAAAAAUGACUCGUUUCUGGCCACCACACCAAGGAUAUGGUCUUGGAGAGUUUUCGCUGGUUUUCACAAUCUUUUUGAUUCUUUUUAUGAGAUUAAUCGACAUCCCAACCGUAAUCAAAUCGAUUUCUGGAAAGUUCUACAGCUCGAAAAUCCUAAAUUUCCUAAUCACCCCAAUUUACACCUCGAUAAUUCCGUUCAUUUUGUUGCUUCCAAUGAUGAGGCUCUCAGAAAUGCACAUUUUCGUUCUAGCACUCAAUUUUUUGCACAUUUUGGGCUCUUCUUAUAUUGUUUAUGUGAUUUGGUAUUUUUUGAAAUUUUUUGAGAAAUUGGAAAAAGUGAAAAACGAAUAA